UGAUACGUGUCAUUUAUAUGUCUGUUUUAAUAUUAUGUUAUUGAAAAAAUCCAAAAAGAAAAAAGCCCCAUCUUCUCCCGGAGAAACAAAGUAGCACCAAAAGUUGAGAAAAACUCAAGUCAUAACAAAGUCGCAACAGAGCAAGCAAGCAAACUACAUAGAAACCUGCUUAAAAAUGGCGUAUUCAACCGCUCGUCGAACCCUUACAACUCUCUUGACUCGAACAUAUUUGCGCAACUCUUCAUCACCUUCUUCAAUUCUCUCUUCCAACGCUCGAUUUUCUCUCUCUUUCCUUCAAACCCAUUUGCAACCCUUACUUUCUCCCAAUUCAGCUCCGAUUCAAAUUCGCCCCAAAUCAACCGGGUCGGGCUACUCGCCACUCAAUGACCCGUCUCCAAAUUGGACCAAUCGUCCCCCUAAAGAAACCAUCUUAUUGGAUGGUUGCGAUUAUGAACAUUGGUUGAUUGUAAUGGAGUUUCCUACUGAUCCUAAACCUUCUAAUGAUGAAAUGAUUGACUCUUAUGUUAAAACCCUAGCUCAAGUUGUUGGCAGUGAGGAGGAGGCGAAGAAAAAGAUUUACUCUGUUUCGACUACGACGUAUACCGGGUUUGGUGCUUUGAUUUCUGAGGAGCUAUCUUACAAGGUUAAAGCCCUACCUGGCGUCCUUUGGGUCUUGCCUGAUUCUUAUCUUGACGUGCCAAAUAAAGAUUACGGAGGGGAUCUUUUUAUUGAUGGGAAGGUUAUCCGAAGGCCACAAUAUGAUUAUAGUGAGAGGCAGCAGAAUAAUAGACCUAGGUCUCGUCCAAGGUAUGAUAGGCGCCGUGCAAAAGUGCAGAAUGUGGGUAGAGCACCGAUACAGACACAACAACAAAGUUGGACACCAGACAAUACGCAGACAAUGCAGCAGCCAAUCUCUACAAAUGUCCCAGAUACAAGUUAAAGUCAUGGCCUCAUGGAGAAAAAUCAGAAAAUCCUGGCCUAAGUUAUUAGAAAGUAUAUUAAAUCACCAUAGCGACUAUUUGAUCUUUUCAAAGUGGUAUGAUUUUCGUUUAGCCCAUCUUAAUAGAUAAGUAUGAACUAGGUAUUUUUUUUUUCGUGUUAUCAAAUAUGUUGUGAAGGCAAUACAUGUGGAUAAUCACCUGGUAGUUUGUCUUCAGACUCUUGCUAUUGAGGAACCAUAUCGAAGAAAAUUAUGAUGUAAAAUUAACCUUAAACUUAAUUCCCUUACCCUUUGCCGUGACCAAUAUAGUAAAAGUAAUCAUUAACA